AUGGAUUCCCACGACAGCAAGGAGUCAUCAAGCGACCAAACCGGAGUCGACCAUCCACCAUCUUUCGUGCCACCAUCUUCGCGGGGUGCCUACGACAAGAAUGUGACGAUCGAGGAAUACAUCCAUUACGCCAAUCUCACACGUGCAGAGGAGAAGAUCCAUCUACCGAACCCCGACAAAUCCACCGGCUUGGUCGCACAGGUCCUUCGUCGCCCCUCAGUUCAGCAGUCGGCGUCUGCAAUCGCGACCGGUGGUGGCCAUGAAUCGCCGUCUGCCAAUGACGAGAAGUCCCAACGUCAGGCAUCCGCUGAGGGUCGGGCCGUCAUCAGCGCCGAUGAGUGGAGAGAUGCCAGUCGUUUGAUGCGGACGGCCAGUUGGGGCGCCGGUUUCUAUCUCAUCACCACCGACAUUCUAGGUCCCUAUGGCGUUGGUUUCGCCCUGGGGACCAUGGGUUGGGGUCCUGGUAUAGUUUUGUACACUGUCUUUGGAUUCAUGGCGGGCUAUUCAGGCUACUUGCUGUGGAAGAUCUACCUCGGCCUCGACAGCUACGAGUUCCCCUUGCGGAACUACGGCGACCUCGCGUUCCGCAUCUUCGGCCCAAUCCCACGGCAUUGUGUCAACAUCCUGCAGUCCAUCCAGCUGUGCCUUAUCUGCGGCCAAGUCAUCAUUCAAAACGGCCAAGGCAUAUCUCAAGCGUCCAAGUUCCGACUCUGCUACGUCGUCUGUAUCCUCAUCUUCGUCAUCGCGGGCUUCAUCUUCGGCCAGAUCCGCACCCUCCGCAACUACGGUCUCAUGUCAGCGGUAGCCGUGGGUCUCAACCUGAUGGUCAUUUUCAUCACCAUGGGCGUCAUGGCCCACUCGCCACCCAACUACAAGAUCUCGGUGCUAGGCAGCGCUGGAAGUGCCAACGACGACGGCAGCAUCACCCCGGACGCUCAAGGGAACUACCCCCCAAUCCGCCACUACAACGGCCUCCCCAAUCCAAACUCCCUCCUCGGCAGCAUCAACGGCCUGAUGCAAGGCGUCUUCGCCUACGGCGGCGCGCAGAUCUUCAUCGAAAUCAUGGCCGAGAUGCGCCGUCCCCGCGACUUCCUCAAGUCCAUGAUCAUCGCGCAGCUCUUCAUCUGGAUCGUGUACCUGUCCUACGGCUGCUACGUCUACUACUGGCAGGGCCAGUACGCCUUCCAGGUCUCAUACCUCGGCCUCUCCGUCUACGGCUGGUCCGUGGCCUGCAACAUGAUGGCCGUCAUCUCCGGUCUCAUCGCCGCCGGCCUCUACGGCAACAUUGGCAUCAAGGUCCUGUACAACAACAUCCUUAUGGAUCUGCUUCAUGCGCCCGCCCUCUCCACCCGCGCCGGCAAGAUCGUCUUCGCCGCCAUCGUCCCCAUCUACUGGUCCACGGCCUUCAUCAUCGCCGCCGCCAUCCCGGACUAUUUCGGCUUCGUCUCCGUCAUCGCCGCCUUCUGCAUCGUGCAGUUCUCGUAUAGUUUCCCGCCCAUCCUGCAUUUGGGGUAUACGAUCCAGAAAAACGCGGCGAGGGCGGCGAUGAAGGAGGGCUUUGAUCCUGUGACGGGCCAGACGACGAGGUUGGAUGGUGGCGUUAGGAGGUAUAUUAGGGGCUUUUUCGCGGAUAGGUGGUAUGUCAAUGCGUGGCAUGUCGUGCAUGCUGGUGGCGCGUUGGCCGUGGCGGGGCUGGGCGCCUAUGCGGCUAUUCAGGGCAUGAUUGACGCGUUCAAGAUUCCGCAAGUCACGAGCUUCACGUGCACGAGUCCGCUCAACCUCAAUGCUUAA